AUGGAAAAACUAGAAGAAGAAACUGAUCAUGAAAUGGAAAUUGAUCUAUCCCUUAAGCUAGAUUCAAAAGAAGAAGCGAAAACCGAUGAGCAGCCGCCUCAAUUGCAGAUGAAUCGAGCAGGAAAAGAAUUCCAGAUCGAAAACAAACUGAAAGAAAAAUCCGAAGAAAUUAUAGCUGAUGAUGAUCAGAAAUCCAUUGAAUAUUACUCAUUGGAUGACUCGAAGAGGGAAAAGCUGUCCAUUUUACAGAUGCAGAUAAAUCAGAUGGAGGAGGAGAAUAAGAUAUUAAGGAGCUCAGUAGAACAAACUAUGAAGGAUUGUUAUGAUCUACAAAUCAAAGUUGCUAUGAUCGAAAAAAAUAACCAAAAGAAGGAUCCCAAAAUGUUCCUUUCACUGAAUGGAAUUGAUGAGCCGAGUGAUCAAGAGCCAGACAGAAGUCCAAAGAUAUUUGAUAUCAAGAAUCAAACGGCGUUGCCGCCAUUAAGACGGGAAGAUGAUGUGAGUGAUAAUACUGAAUUAGAGUUGUCAUUGACACUGAAGAGCACUCAAAAAAAAGUAGAGAGAGAAGAUGAGCAAAAGGAGAAAAAGGAAAAUGGAGAGGGAUUAAUUACAAAGAUACAAGGUGCGCUACAUGGAAGCAGCAACUUGCCUGGAACUACAAGCCAUGUUACAUCUCCAUCCAGUAAGAGAUCUAGGGUUUCAAUCAGAGCCAGAUGUGAAACAGCCACAAUAAAUGAUGGAUGUCAAUGGAGAAAGUAUGGUCAAAAGACUGCUAAAGGAAAUCCUUGCCCAAAAGCUUAUUAUCGUUGCACUGUAGCUCUUGGAUGCCCAGUAAGAAAGCAGGUACAAAGAUGUUUGGAGGACAUGUCGACACUCAUCACGACAUAUGAAGGAACACACAAUCAUCCCCUACCUGUUGAUGCAACAUCGAUGGCAUCAAUCGCGUCAGGUGCAUCAGCAUCCUUCUCAUUAGUCGAUUCGAGCAACCAAUUUUUGGAUGGAAUGUCAACCUCAAACCAGACACAUUUCCCAUACCCUAAUCCUUAUAAUAUGAUCAAUAUGCCAUCUACUCCAUACCUAAGAAGCAUGCACCGUAAUGACCCUUCAAAGGCUAUUGUUCUUGAUCUCACAAACAAUGCCAGUGACCGACAGUUUCUUGGGACUGGCCCUUCACAGUACUGUACAGGACAAUCUACGGGACAGCCGGGAUAUUCUUGGCUGCCUAAACCAGGCAAGUAUGACGGAAGUGGAACUAACCAGCUUUUUCCUGGUUCAAAACUAGGAGAAGGGAUGGAGCCUAAAAGUGAGGAGAAUAAUGAUAUUAAUAAACAUUUGGAGGAAAAUAUAAGUGCAAUUGCUUCUGAUCCUAAGUUUAGGGCUGCUGUUGCUGCCGCCAUUUCCUCAGUACUUUCUAAUAAUAAAGAAAGGCCUACAGCAUGUCCUAGAGAUGGCCAGGAGAAUGGGGGUAACUGCCCUAAACCCUUUGUUCUUGAGUCCUCGAGUGCUUCUGCUGGUAAGUCCUUGUGA